AUGCCCUCUCUCUCUCUUUCGCUUUCUCGCUCUCUCUCUCUCUCGCUCUCUCUCUUGUGGCAGCGGUUCAGUGAUGGCCAGCAAGGCGCCGUCACCCCACCACCUCAGCGCUCGGCCAUCUCUGGCCUUGUAGCUGGUGCGUGCAGUGGCACGGCCUCUGUCCUCCUUCUCCAACCUCUGGAUGUCCUCAAGACACAGGUCCAGACUCAGCACAACCAACGAUAUGUGCAGCUCGUGCGCAACAUCUACCAAACUCGUGGCGUGCCCGGUUUUUGGAAAGGUGUCAUGCCCUCCCUGUACCGGACUGUUCCCGGCGUCGGUCUCUACUUUGCCACUCUUCAUACCUGGCAAAAGAUCUCUCCUUUGAAUGGGCAUCGAUUCCACAGCAUGCUGGAUGGCGCACUGGCCCGCAGCUUGGCCUCGAUAGCCCUCAUGCCGUUCACCGUCAUCAAGACCCGGAUGGAGAGCAAUCAUUUCCAAUACCGAAGUGUCAGUCAUGCUGUCAUUGACAUCUGGCGAUCCCAAGGCAUACGUGGUCUCUACCGCGGCACUUUCGCCACGGUAGUACGCGAUGCUCCAUAUUCUGGACUCUAUCUGCAGCUCUACCGCUGGUCUACCCAGGCAAUUGAGCCUUGGACUGGGACUCAGACCAUGGCUCAAUCGUUUGUGGGAGGGUUGAUGGCCGGGCUGCUCGCCAGCCUCGUCACGCAGCCCAUGGACGUUGUGAAGACGCGCCUGCAGAUUGAUGUUCUGGCCGUCAGUACUUGGCGUACGCUCGUGAAUAUUUGGCAACAAGAUGGCGUCAAUGGCCUCUUGCGAGGUGCCGUGCCUCGUAUUGCACGCCGUGCCUGUGUGGCUGCCAUCAGCUGGACCGUCUACGAGCGCGUUGUCCUCUUGUGGGGGCAUCGGACCUGA